GGAAAGUGAAAGUAAAAUCGUGCUACGUGACCAGCCAGCAACAAAAACCUAGUGCUGCCGGUUUGCGUCUAUAGUAGUAGUAGGACUUGCAGUAGUGAUAGAAGUAAAAGCUGUAGUAGUACAAACAUGAGGCUGCUUUUGUGCGUCUUCAUCAUAAAUGCUCCCCUGGUGCUGUGUGAGCUCUCGCACUGGCCUACGCGUUACCCUUACACCACAGUUGGUCCUGGAGUGAAUCUUAAAGGGAAAAUGGUCACAUUGUCUCAGUACUCAGGUGUGACUUUCAAACCACCGUACUACCAAUCUACAGCAGGGGAUGGCUCAGUCCGAACUACUGACAGCCCUCAAUGGACAACUCAGUGGACGCCUCAAUGGACGACUCGUCCUCCCACUCCAGGUGUGUCGGUGUGCCUGCGCUUCCUGGCAGACUUCAUCUCUGUAAACCUGUUCACACUGGCUCCUGGCUCUCCUCUGAAGCUCUCAUGGAGUGGCCCAUCACAGUACACUCUGAGCUGGAACUACUACACCUCGGUCUCUCUGUUGCCCAGGAUUUCCCUCUGGCCCCCGGUCCAGACUCAGCCCUGGACCAGUGUCUGUGUGGUCCUGGACUCUUUAAAAAAUGUAGUCCAGCUGUUCCAGGGAGGAUCCAUGAGCAUCCGGAAGAUACCUUCAUCUCGGUUGGUGUGGUCGGGGGAACGUGUGCUGGACGUGUCGGGGUUUGAUGGUCAGGUGACAGACCUGGAGGUGUGGGACUAUCCUCUGAGGUACACACAGGUCCUCAGCUACAUGAAGAACUACGGGUCUAGCGGGACAGUUUUGACCUGGUCCAAUAUCGCAUACAGACCCAGAGGAAACAUCUUGUUUGAGGAGACCUAUGCCCUGCGACAGAAACAACCAAUCCGAAGUGGGUAUGGGCAGGGCCAAAGACUCAAGUGCAGGAAGAUGUGCAAAGCGAAGAGACAGAGGAGCCAGAUGCUCUGAACCAUUGUGAAAUAUGAGAGCCUCAAAUUUAAAAUUUUUACCUUGUAGUGUUUUUAGUUUGUGCUCAGUUACAUGGAUCUCCAGUCGAUGUAUGUCUAUAUGUUUGGUGUAUGUUUUCUUUGUUUGCCUCUAAAUAAAAAUAAUGGUGGUUGA